UAUAAAUUGGAGUUUUUUUAAUAUUUUUUAAUUUUGGACUAUUUUAUCCAAUGUGUAAAAGUAGUGCUUUUAUCUAUAUUCCAGUAAAAUUUCUGUAGAUGGCGCGUCGUGUCCAUGAUCAACAGAAUUAUAAGAAUUUUGUAGAAAUGCGCAUUGAGAUAUCUGUGUGCAGAUCAAGAUUUAUAAAAAACGUAUCGUUUAUUCUUUAUAAUUCUUUUAAAGGAACAGUCAGGUUUGAGUAAAAGUUGAAUGUAUUUCUGUUUGAAAACUAACGUAAUACAUUGAGUCAGUAAUACCAGUUAGUAUGAUUUUUCUAUUCGAUUAUUGCAGCGAAAUUAUCGUCGAUGAAUCAUGCAUGAGUCAAACGAAUUUUUUGAAAUAAAAUUAACUGGGGAUAAACUAGAAGUAUACGUAAGAAAAGGUAUAAUGAAAACAAUUCAAGAAGGUACUCCGAGAAGGAUUUUGAGAAAAAAAGAAUGAGGAACUUGAAAAGAUCUCAAGAAAGAUCCAAAGAGCACUAAAAAAUAAACCUUAUAAUUGGAAAUGGAAAAAACUAUUUGAUUAAAAAUUAAUACAAUAAUUUCAUUUCCAAUUCUCUCUUGAAUCUCAAAGAGGUAUAAUAUUUCUACGCGAAAUGUGAUCAGUGAUGACGUAAGGAUGAAAAGAUAAAAGUCAAAAGGACAAAAGGCGAGCAAAAGAAAAGGAAAAAAAGGAACGAAAAGAAGCAAAAAUGAAAAAUCAUUUGGCGCGAGACAUAAAAAAAGUAAAAAAAAAAAAAUAAAAAAAUAAAAGGAAAGAAAAUGAUUAGUCGAAUUGAAUCUGGCAAAUAUAACGUAGAUAAAAAGUAUCCGUCGAAAUGAUCGCGAACACCAAGUCGGGAACGAUCCGCGCGUCGUGAUGGAAGAACACGGAAUACCAGGAGGAUAAGGAGGCAUCGGAUGAGACGUUACUCCAAUUGCAGUAUUUCACUUUCACUAACCCCGCAGCCUCCCACGAGGCUGCUCAUCUCCGCUAGAUCCCUGGUUAGUGGCGGGAGGUAGAUAGGUUAACAAUUAAAGACAGCAGCGUCACCAAUCAUGAGGCUGCGCUUGUUAUUGAUAGCCUCGCUAGCUAUCUUUCACGCUUGCACGGCAGAACAGGGUUAUAGUUAUCCUAGGCCUAACAAUCCGCUAACACCAGGUGGGCCAGGUGGCGAUCAAGGAGGUAAGCCAGGAGGUCCAGGUUAUCCUGCUACUCCUGGUGGCUAUCCGUCUGGACCACCCGGUGGACCCGGUCCAUCGGGUCCAGGUUAUCCAGGAGGCUAUCCGGGAGGUUAUCCGUCUCCCGGUGGCCCUGGAGGACCCGGUGGUCCGGGAGGAUCGGGAGGAUAUCCUAGCGGGAGACCAGGUGGACAGGGCGGGCCAGGAGGUUUUCCUGGCGGCGGAUCCGGAGGACCAGGAGGGCCAGGAGGCCAAGGAGGCUAUCCAGGCCAUGGAGGACCACAAGGACCAGGUGGACCAGGAGGUCCAGGAGGACCGGGUGGGUCGGGAGGUUAUCCCAGCGGGAGACCAGGCGGAUCUGGUGGGCCAGGAGGUUACCCUGACGGUGGAGCUGGAGGACCAGGAGGUUCAGGAGGACCGGGAGGCUAUCCUGGCGGGAGACCAGGUGGACAUGGUGGGCCUGGAGGAUAUCCCGAUGGUGGAGCUGGAGGACCAGGGGGACCAGGGGGACCGGGAGGCUAUCCUGGCGGUAGACCAGGAGGGCCAGGAAGUCCUGGAGGUUAUCCUAGUGGAGGGCCCGGUGGAUCAGGAGGCCCAGGUGGCCCAGGAGGAUCCGGAGGCUAUCCUAGUGGCAGACCUGGUGGACCAGGAAGCCCUGGAGGCUAUCCUAGCGGUGGACAAGGCGGGCCAGGAGGAGCAGGAGGUCCAGGAGGUUAUCCCAGUGGGGGGCCACAUGGUCCAGGAGGAUCAGGAGGUCCAGGGAGCUCAGGUGGCUAUCCUAGCGGAAGGCCUGCAGGACCAGGAGGGCCAGGAGGCCCAGGAGGCUCUGGUGGCUACCCUAGUGGCCGGCCCGGUGGUCCAGGAGGACCAGGAGGGCCAGGAGGUCCAGGAGGCUAUCCUAGUGGAGGAACAGGAGGACCAAGUGGGCCUGGAGGAUAUCCGAGUGGCAGACCAGGUGGAUCUGGAGGACCAGGAGGUCCCGGAGGUCCAGGAGGCUAUCCUAGUGGAGGAACAGGAGGACCAAGUGGGCCUGGAGGAUAUCCCAGUGGCAGACCAGGUGGAGCUGGAGGACCGGGAGGUCCCGGAGGUCCAGGAGGCUAUCCCAAUGGAGGCCCACAAGGACCAGGAGGUUAUCCUAGUGGCAGACCAGGAGGACCAGGAGGACCAGGAGGACCAGGAGGUUAUUCUGGUGGAGAAUCCGGAGGGCCAGGAGGACAAGGAGGACAAGGAGGGUCGGGAGGUUAUCCUAGUGGCAGGCCAGGAGGAGCAGGUGGACCAGGAGGACCAGGAGGACCAGGAGGUUAUCCCGGUGGUGGGUCUGGAGGGCCAGGAGGAUCAGGAGGGUCUGGCGGCUAUCCUAAUGGUAAACCAGGUGGUUCUGGAGGAUAUCCAGGUGGUGGACCACAAGGUCCCGGUGGACCAGGAGGGCCGGGAGGGCCAGGAGGUUAUCCUAGCGGUGGGCCAGGUGGAUCUGGUGGUCCAGGCGGUCCAGGAAGUUCUGGAGGCUAUCCCAGUGGUAGACCACAAGGACCUGGUGGUACAGGAGGGCCAGGAGGGCCAGGAGGGCCUGGGGGUUUUCCUGGUGGUAGACCUGGUACACCAGGAGGACCAGGAGGUUAUCCCGGUGGAGGAUCCGGAGGUCCGGGUGGACCAGGAGGGCCAGGAGGUUAUCCCGGUGGUGGAUCCGGUGGUCCAGGAGGACCUGGAGGCUAUCCUGGUGGUGGAUCCGGUGGUCCAGGAGGACCUGGAGGCUAUCCUGGUGGUGGAUCCGGUGGUCCAGGAGGACCUGGAGGCUAUCCUGGUGGUGGAUCCGGUGGUCCUGGAGGACCUGGAGGCUACCCUGGUGGUGGAUCCGGUGGUCCAGGAGGACCUGGAGGACAAAGUCCAGGUGGCUAUGAAGAACCGUAUGACGAAGGCGACUAUUCUGCAAUCCCUGGCGAACCUGGUCGUGAUUAUCCUAUAUACUCUGAAGUACCCGAAACAAGUUUCCGUUGUGAAAAUCAACAGUUCCCCGGAUAUUAUGCGGACGUUGAAGCUCAGUGUCAAGUCUUUCAUAUUUGUGCCAAUAACAAAACCUACGAUUUCCUUUGUCCUAAUGGGACUAUAUUCCAUCAACAGUAUUUUGUCUGUGUGUGGUGGAAUCAAUUUGACUGUAGCACGGCUCCCAAUUUCUACUAUUUGAAUGAAAAUAUUUAUGAUUAUAACAUAAUGGGAGGUCCUGAAAUGUUCCCUGGUGGACCAGGUGGUCCAGGAGGAUUACCUGGCAUUGGACCUGGUGGACCCGGAGGCCCUGGAGGACCUGGAGGACCAGGUAGUUAUCCAGGUGGAACUGGUGGUCCAGGAGGGCCAGGAGGCUAUCCUGGUGGCAAACCAGGUGGACCAGGUGGACCUGGCGGACCAGGAGGUCCUGGUGGUUAUCCCAGCGGCAGACCAGGUGGUCCCGGAGGACCAGGAGGACCUGGAGGCUAUCCUGGUGGUGGACCACAAGGUCCUGGUGGACCUGGAGGACCAGGAGGACCAGGAGGUCCUAGUGGCUAUCCUAGCGGUAGACCAGGCGGACCUGGUGGGCCAGGAGGUUAUCCCGAUGGUGGAGCUGGAGGACCAGGAGGUCCAGGUGGGCCAGGAGGCUAUCCUGGUGGAAAACCUGGUGGACCAGGAGGACCAGGAGGGCCAGGAAGUCCUGGAGGUUAUCCAGGUGGAGGACCACAUGGACCUGGUGGACCAGGAGGACCAGGUGGUUAUCCGGGUGGUGGACCCGGAGGGCCAGGAGGACCAGGAGGUUAUCCCGGUGGUGGACCCGGAGGGCCAGGAGGGCCAGGAGGGCCAGGAGGUUAUCCUGGUGGUCGACCCGGAGGGCCAGGUGGACCAGGAAGUCCUGGCGGCUAUCCUAGCGGCAGGCCAGGAGGACCAGGAGGACCAGGAGGAUCAGGAAGUCCAGGAGGUUAUCCCGGUGGUGGACCUGGCGGUCCAGGAGGACCAGGAGGAUCUGGUGGUUAUCCUGGUGGAAAACCAGGUGGUCCAGGUGGACCUGGAAGUUACCCUGGCGGUGGUCCCGGAGGUCCGGGAGGACCAGGAGGACCUGGAAGUUACCCUGGCGGUGGUCCUGGAGGCCCAGGAGGACCAGGGGGUCCCGGUAGUCCGGGAAGUCCAGGAGGUUAUCCAGGUGGCGGGCCACAUGGUCCCGGAGGACCAGGAGGACCCGGUAGUCCAGGAAGUCCGGGAGGUUAUCCAGGUGGCGGGUCACAUGGUCCUGGUGGAACAGGAGGGCCAGGAGGGCCAGGAGGGCCAGGAGGUUAUCCCAGUGGGAAACCAGGUGGUACAGGAGGGCCAGGAGGGCCUGGUGGUUAUCCAGGAGGAGGACCCGGGGGUCCAGGGGGAUCAGGUGGACCUGGUAGUCCAGGAGGUUAUCCAGGAGGAGGACCACAUGGUCCCGGUGGUGCAGGUGGGCCAGGAGGAUCAGGAGGACCCGGUGGGUAUCCUGGUAGCAAACCAGGUGGCCCUGGAGGUUUUCCUGGUGGUGGAUCAGGAGGACCAGGGGGUUCAGGUGGACCAGGUGGAUCGGGAUAUCCCGGUGGACCUCAAUAUUUAGCACCGUCUGAACCUCAUGGACCGAGUGGUCCAAGUGGUCCAGGUGGUCCAGGUGGUCCAGGAGGUCCAGGAGGACCCGGAUAUAGACCAGGUGGCCCAUCUUUCCCCAGUGGACCGUCGAGACCUGGUGGUUUUCCUGAUGGUAAGCCACCCCAUGGAGACACGCCAUUUCCUCCACAAGGGCCUUCUAAACCAGAGCGCGAAUAUUUGCCACCCCGAGUCGGUUAAUCCUAUCAAUUAUAUAAUCGCGUUAACUCCGAAUUUAACGCCUAACAAUCGCCGUUGGUGAUACUUGAACCAUAUUGUAAAUACAAGCCUUCUUACGUAUUAGCUAAGUUAAGUAAUAUGGUAUUCAUUUCUAUGGAUAAUGUAAUCGUUUUCUUUGCGACAGUUCUUUCAUUGUGUAGUUUUCUUGAAAGUAACUUUUAAUAUUACCAUUAAGUAAGUUUAUCCUUACUUUCUUUUAUGAGAUUUAUAAAUUACUUCCUUGAAGUUUUUAAAAGCUUUCGUAUUUUAUGUCACUAAAUAAGUUUUAAUAGAUUACGGGUCUUUCUUUUUUCAUUUCAAGAUGCAAACAGAAAGGGAGAUUGUAAGAUACUAAUUACAGAAAUUAGAUGUUACAUCUGUCUUGUAUUGUAUAUAGCCAUUGAAAUGGACGCAUUCUAUCUAUGUAAAAUAUUUCGAUAUUUUUCUUUUUUUUUGUUUUGAAAAUAGGACAACUAUCGUAAUAUUUGUAAUUACAUUCAAUUUUACGUACUUGUAUCGGAAAGUUAUCAGCAAAAGAACUUUCGUAAAAUUAUACUAAAUUAAGAGCGAUUUAAGAGAACAUAACGAAAAGAUCGUUGGAACCUAUCUCGCAAGGUAUUAUUGCACGAUAUAUUUAUUUAUUUCGAUAUUAACAUAAUAUCGAUAUAUUAUUAAAUCGACCCCUUAUCAUUAAGAGAAAAUAUCAAUAGAGACAAUUAUUCGGAUCUUUAAUAUAUAAUUCUCAUGCUCUAUAUAUAAUAAUAAAUCAUAUGCUCAACAAAGAUCCGAAUAAUAUUCUCCAUUUCUCCGAACAUUAUCAUCCUAAUUUUGUGCUAAGCAAAGAGAUGUUAACAUAAUAUUAUAGUAAUUUUAUACUUUUUAUAUUAUACACUCUCAUAUACACAUUCAUAUAUGUAAUUUUAUAACGAUGGUUCGAGACUCCUACGUGGGAUGCCAUUAUGUAUAGUUUAUAUGUGAAAUAAAGGAAACGCCUUUGCAAGAAUCAA